AGCCCCACUUCUCUGUCCUCAGAGUGGUCGCUGAAGCCCCGAUAUUUGCAUUGCGCAGAAAACGAACAGCACCAAUCUGGCAAGUUACCUUUCAUCCACCUGAAGCAGCCUCCAGUACGCACCGUAAUUGGAAUGCGUAACUAUGCGUUUUCUUCGUGACCACGGUGCGCAAGGGCUGAUUAUUGUCCCCAAAACAUACUGAUCAUAUUUUUUGCUCACUUUUUCAAAUUUUCCUGAAGUGAACAAAGUGGACGGAGUCGCCCGUUAAGUGCGACUGCCUGAGUGCGGGAGAGCGAUAAAGGGUUAAGGAGGGAGAGUGGAAAGUGUGUCUCAGCAUGGAUGAGAGUGAGCAGAGCGCAAGAGACGCGGAACAGCGAGGAGCGGCGGACGAGCCCAACAGUGCCAUACGACCCCUUUUGCAAGCUCCGGGGAACCAGCAGCUGCCCCACAGAAUCACUAACUUCUUCAUUGACAACAUCUUGCGGCCGGACUUUGGUCGUAAGAAAGAAGCGAGCAUCACGCGCGAUGAGAGCAAUCGCGGCACUAGAGAGAAUCAGAGCCUUACGGGUCCUAGCACGGGACAGGUGGAAAGUACGGUACCAACAGAGGGAACUUCCACAACACAUACGAACAGCGGAGGAAAGAAGCAAGAGAUAGCAAGCGAAGAGCCCUUGAAGCCCCGCGGGGAGAAUGUGGAUCAGUGCCUGAGUUCAGAAACGGAUAGUUCCCAGCCCAAUUCAAACGGAGCUACUCAGCCGCUUUGGCCCGCUUGGGUUUACUGCACACGCUACUCGGACAGGCCGUCGUCAGGUCCCAGGUCUCGUAAACCAAAGAAGAAAACCGCAAGUAAAGAGGACAAACGACCACGCACGGCCUUCACGGCGGAGCAGCUUCAGAGACUCAAGGCCGAGUUCCAGACCAACCGCUACCUGACCGAGCAGAGACGACAGAGUCUGGCACAGGAACUCGGCCUCAAUGAAUCUCAAAUCAAAAUCUGGUUCCAGAACAAACGGGCCAAAAUAAAAAAAGCCACCGGCUCCAAGAACAGUCUAGCACUACACCUGAUGGCGCAGGGACUGUACAACCACAGCACCACGUCAAAGGACGACAAAUCAGACAGUGACUGAGACAGAGAGGGCUGAGGGGGUGGAGGAGAUGGUGGAGUGUGGGUGG